AUGACCCUUGGCCAUAAUAUGAUUUAUCUCCACACUAGCAGAGACCAACCGAACCCCCUUCGACCUUGCCGAAGGGGAGUCCGAACUAGCUUCAACAUCGAAUACGCCGCAGGCCCCUUCGCCCUAUUCUUCAUAGCCGAAUACACAAACAUUAUUAUAAUAAACACCCUCACCACUACAAUCUUCCUAGGAACAACAUAUGACGCACUCUCCCCUGAACUCUACACAACAUAUUUUGUCACCAAGACCCUACUUCUAACCUCCCUCAUACCCCCGAUUCCGCUACGACCAACUCAUACACCUCCUAUGAAAAAACUUCCUACCACUCACCCUAGCAUUACUUAUAUGACAUGUCUCCAUACCCAUUACAAUCUCCAGCAUUCCCCCUCAAACCUAAGAAAUAUGCACACUCAUCACAGCGCUAAGCUCGCACUGAUUUUUUACCUGAGUAGGCCUAGAAAUAAACAUGCUAGCUUUUAUUCCAGUUCUAACCAAAAAAAUAAACCCUCGUUCCACAGAAGCUGCCAUCAAGUAUUUCCUCACGCAAGCAACCGCAUCCAUAAUCCUUCUAAUAGCUAUCCUCUUCAACAAUAUACUCUCCGGACAAUGAACCAUAACCAAUACUACCAAUCAAUACUCAUCAUUAAUAAUCAUAAUGGCUAUAGCAAUAAAACUAGGAAUAGCCCCCUUUCACUUCUGAGUCCCAGAGGAGGCCUGCCCCCGCUAACCGGCUUUUUGCCCAAAUGGGCCAUUAUCGAAGAAUUCACAAAAAACAAUAGCCUCAUCAUCCCCACCAUCAUAGCCACCAUCACCCUCCUUAACCUCUACUUCUACCUACGCCUAAUCUACUCCACCUCAAUCACACUACUCCCCAUAUCUAACAACUUUGAACAUACAAAACCCACCCCAUUCCUCCCCACACUCAUCGCCCUUACCACGCUACUCCUACCUAUCUCCCCUUUUAUACUAAUAAUCUUAUAG